CGUCUUCUCGUCAGAGACAUGUUCCUGGAGCAAGAAGGAGGCCACGCCGCAUUGUUGCGUCCCUAUGCGACCUCCAAGCAGAUCGCGGUCGGAGCAAGCGCGCUGGGCUGGGUUGAUAUCUCACGCGGCAUUACUCCCCUCUGCGACCUGUUCGACGAGUGUCCUGUCGUAAAAUACAUCCCCUUCCCGGCGCCAGGGGUUUGCAUCACACCCUACUACCGUCUCACUCGUCACUCGGCGCAAUGCUUCCACGAUGUCGCCUGCUAUGACGGUCUGAUCAAAUUCGUCGAGAUAGGCUUCGAUGAACCUGACUGCAUGAUAAAGGGUAAAGGCCGGAGAGCCACCACAUGGAUCAGAAACAUCUGUUGGGGAAGUUGGCGUAAGCACACCAGAGUUGAUGUCGCUAACAUCUCGGUUGAUCCAAGAUAUUCUGCUCUGUUGCCUGAGCUGUGGAACCAUGAGACCCAUAAGCUAGAGCUGAAGAAACUGGUUUUCUUACUACCCACCCUGAGCGUGCGCAACGAUGAUCUUCUUCACAUCAUGGCCAAGGUGGGUGGGGAACAUGACAAGGCCUGGGUCAUCGCCGUUGACAUGAAAAGUGCGGUUGUGGAGGGACUAGCCCCGGUUUCGACCGGACGGUACUGCCCCAGUACAAUGUUCUCCCCAUGUGCCUUCCCCAGUUACCUCAACAACAUGACCCAAGGAAACAAGUCUGAAGAACCACUCGUUGGAUGUGAUGGAGGAAUCUUGGAAGAAGAGGAAAUUCAAGCCGAGCACAGGAUAAGAGGGCCUGAGAUGGGCAACCCAGUGGACAAAUACUUUAAGAGGAUGAGUGCUUCACAGUGUGCUCUGCAAGUGCUGUUGACUCAACGCUGGUUCAGGGAACUUGAUGAAUGGUUGGAUUCUCAGGGGUCAGCUUGUGAUGCAUGCUGCAAAUCACUACCUUACUGGUGUCCAGCAUCAGCUCUGUGUUUCGAUAUUAAGGCAGUGGUAAACUAUGCUUCCUAUAAUGGUGAAGGAGAAGGUGCUUCCAUGGCUGUAGAUUCCUGCUUACGGUAUGUAUGUAUGUGUGUAUAUAUACGAGGAAACUUUAUGAACUGCACUUUGUUUGUGGGACUAUUUAACGCCUCUUGCUUCCCUAGAGCUUUGGACGAUUUCUAUAAACUACUGAAGGAGUCACCUCUGAGUGAUCCAUCAACAACUGAAGCCAUGAAGCGUCAAAUCAGGGUUGCCCUUGGAGCUCUAGACAGCAUCUUGGAAUUUGUACCACUAAACCGUAUGCCCAGGAGCAUACAAAAGGCGCUUGUAGAUGUUUGCCUGGAAGAAAAAGAAAAAACACUAGUAUGUGAACACUUGGAGAAGCCAGGCCAUACAGAGGAUGAAUCUGACGAAUGGCAGCAAUGGGGAUCAGACUCGGGGGACGAAUCGGAUGAAUGGCAGCAAGGGUCAUCCGACUCGGAGGAUGAAUCUGAUGAAUGGCAGCAAGUAGGACCCGACUCGGAUGACUCUGUAGAGACUCGCGGGGAGAAGCAGGCACAGGUUCUGGGUCGCCGGUCGGGGCACUCGUAUUGGCUGUAUUUUGUUGGCUGUGUGUUGGUAGCGGUCGCCGCAAGAGCGUUGAGUCACCUCACUUUAAUGUCAUAGAGCCAGUAUCUUGUUAUUCUCUCUCUGCCGGAAGAGUAAUUAUGCCAAUCAAAAAAGAAAGGGAAAGAAAAGAGAGAGCAUAUUCUAGCUAGGAGCUCCUGUGCCGUGCAUGUAAAAAGGUAGUGUUGUGGAAACUAGUGUUCAAUGAAGGUUUAUAUAGGUGGUGGUUAAUGUAUCAGCC